AUGAGAGGCAGCAACCAGUCGAGUGUCUCUGAGUUCCUCCUCCUGGGACUCUCCAGGGAUCCCCAGCAGCAGCGGCUCCUCUUCCUGCUCUUCCUCACCAUGUACCUGGCCACUGUCCUGGGGAACCUGCUCAUCAUCCUGGCCAUCGGCACAGACUCCCGCCUGCACACCCCCAUGUACUUCUUCCUCAGCAACCUGUCCUUCGUGGAUGUCUGCUUCUCCUCCACCACUGUCCCCAAGGUGCUGGCCAACCAUAUACUUGAGACUCAGGCCAUUUCUUUCUUUGGGUGUCUCACACAGAUGUAUUUUCUUUUCAUGUUUGUGGACAUGGACAAUUUCCUGCUGGCUGUGAUGGCCUAUGACCGUUUUGUGGCCAUCUGCCACCCUUUACACUACACAACAAAGAUGACCCAAAAACUCUGUGUCCUGAUGGUGGCCGGAUCGUGGGUCACUGCCAAUCUGAAUGUCCUAUUACACACCCUGCUCAUUGCUCAGCUCUCAUUCUGUGGGGACAAUGCCAUCCCUCACUUCUUCUGUGACAUUACUCCUCUCCUGAAACUGUCCUGCUCUGACACAAACCUCAAUGAACUGAUGAUCCUCACAGAGGGAGCUGUUGUCAUGGUCACCCCUUUUGUCUGCAUCCUGAUCUCCUACAUCCACAUCACAUCUGCUGUCCUGAGAGUCUCAUCCUCAAAGGGAAGAUGGAAAGCCUUCUCCACGUGUGGCUCCCACCUGGCUGUGGUCUGUCUCUUCUAUGGCACCAUCAUCGCCGUGUAUUUCAACCCUGCAUCUGCACAUUCAUCUGAGAAGGACACGGCAGCCACCGUGCUGUACACAGUGGUGACCCCCAUGCUGAACCCAUUCAUCUACAGCCUGAGGAACAGGGACCUGAAAGGGGCUCUCUACAAAGUGGUCCAUAGAAUGACCUUUUCUGUUUAA